AUGGCUUGUGUGGCAUGUGAAAGUUACGAGAAGCGAAUCACAAAUGUCUUUCGAGACGAAGAACUAAAGAAAAAGUACGAAAAGCUGAUUGGAUUUAAGGUAACAGCAGAUUGCUUCAUUUGUGAUAACUGUAAGCGAAGGCUAGUAGAAGCACUGAAGUUCCAACAAAACUGCAUUAGAGUCUAUAAAAAGAACAAUCCUAAUUAUCAGCCAUGUUCAAAAUCAUCGAGUAAAACAUCAGAAAUCGAGGAUACAUACAGCAAUGAAGAACCUCCAGAGCCCACAAAUCUAUUACCAAACGAUGAAUUUACUGAUUUUAAGUUUAUUGGAACAGAAACAGUAUAUGAGAACGUAGAGAGGCAGAGUUGUGUGAAAAUUCCCAAAAAUGAGAUUGAAGUCCAUAAAUGUGUAAUAAUUGAGAAGCAGUCAGACCCUUUCAUGUCCUUUGAUGAUGACCAAAACAAUACUUAUAGAGAAGACAGCCCUACAGACUACUCUCUACUAGAUAAAAAGCCAAAAAGAGUUUACAGCUUGACAGAAAAGCUCAAACUUAUUAAAUUUGCCGAAGAAUACUCAAAUCGUGAAGCUGCAAGAAAGUUCGGUGUGAAUGAAUCAACGAUCAGAUUCUUCAGGAAACAGAAAGCUAGAAUGAAUACUGUUAAGCCAAAAAAGAAAAAGAAGGAAGUGAAAAUUGAGAAUGACAGCGAAGACGAUAACAAAUGUCUGGCUGAAUUGAUGUGA